CUUGCAGGGGUCGGAGCGCGGGGGCAGGCCGAGAGGAAAGCUGGAGGCGCGGGUGGGGAACAUGUCUGAGUCGGAGCUCGGCAGGAAGUGGGACCGGUGCCUGGCGGAUGCGGUCGUGAAGAUAGGUACUGGUUUUGGAUUAGGAAUUGUUUUCUCACUUACCUUCUUUAAAAGAAGAAUGUGGCCAUUAGCCUUCGGUUCUGGCAUGGGAUUAGGAAUGGCUUAUUCCAACUGUCAGCAUGAUUUCCAGGCUCCAUAUCUUCUACACGGAAAAUAUGUCAAAAACCUGCUCAAACCGUCAGCUGCCUGCAGCCAGCCCAUGUCUGCUGGAGAGAUGGGAGUAGGGGAGCCAUCUCUGCACCAAAGCAAGAGUGAGGUCAUCACAGGGACCAUGCAAGAAGAGGCGCAGCUGUGUGGCACUGAAGCCGGCAGCCGGCCUUUUCCACCACUCCCUGGCUCCUCGCUUUCCUGGCACCAGAGCUGAUUGUGGGGAGAACCGAAAGGAGCAGACAGAGAAGCUUCAGGUCUUUUGCUUAAAACAUUUCCAUUGUUCCAAACUGAGUUGUCAGGGAUAAUGGCUCAGGGGUGAUUAUAUGCAUAUUAUGUAUUUAAUGGCUGGGAGUUCCUGUGGAAAAUAUUGUUCCAUUUUUUACAUUUGUGUGUCCUGCUCCAAAAUGGCCUUGUAACUUUAUCUGGACUUGAGUCUGUGCCUCGAUGUUGUCAUCCUCCAUUCCCUGAAAAAUGGAGCAAAAUCCCAACCUGGGCUUAUUCAGUGUAGUCCUAUUGUAAUAACUGCCUCCUGAGUGCCCAAUCUGCCCCCAGGACCAUCCUGGGUGCUUUAUCUUUAAUAAUCUUUCCCUCUAGACCUGCCAGUGGAUUUGUGAGAGAUGUUACUAUCCUCAUUCAGCUGAUGAGAAAGCAGACUCUUACCGGGGUUGAGAAACUUGGCAAGGCCAUGUAGUUCGUAGGCUGAUGAGAACCAUGCUCUCCCCACUCCCCUGGGACGCCUUCGACAGGUUUUAGGAAUUGUUAUCCAGGUCAUGAUGGUUUGGCCCUGUUCCACUCACUUCCCACUCUUCUCCCUGGAAGAUUGGGGCUGGGGGGCACUCUUAGGAACCUAGGUAGGGUGUACAUAGUCCUGUUGUGAGACAGUUUUAACGUAAACAGUGUGAUAAGGUUUUGGCCUCUGGCCCUUUGGGUCUGACCUGAUACAGCAAUUAGAGAGGGUUGUCAGAAUGCCGUCUGCACAGUUUUAA